CAAGGGUCAACCUGAAAGAUGGCGGCGGCAAUGACCUUCUGCCGGCAGCUGGGCCGGAGCGGCGCAGCGGCACUUAUCCUGCCCCGGGGCACCAGGUGUUUCGGGGUUCAUAUCUCGCCGACCGGGGAGAAGGUCACGCACACCGGCCAGGUUUAUGAUGAUAAAGACUACAGGAAAAUUCGAUUUGUAGGUCGUCAGAAAGAGGUGAAUGAGAACUUUGCCAUUGAUUUGAUAGCCGAGCAGCCUGUGAGUGAAGUGGAGAAUCGCAUAGUAUCGUGUGACGGUGGUGGUGGGGCUCUAGGCCACCCGAAAGUCUACAUAAACCUGGACAAAGAAACAAAAACUGGGACGUGCGGUUACUGUGGCCUCCAGUUCAAACAGCAUCACCAUUAGAGCAGACCGUGCACCUGUGUCUUGGGAGGCUAUCCACGUGAGCAUUUCUGCGUUAGCAUAACAUAGGGGAGGUCCUCGUGCUGCACGCGGGCGUUCUGACUGUGAAUAAAGGGCGUUGUGGUCA